AGAGAAGGGGAGGCUGGAGUUGGAAUGGGCCCCAGUGUGGCACAGCCGGCCCAAAGGUCUCUUGGGAUAACAGGCAGGAUGGGAAGCCGGGGAGGAGGGCGGGGGUAGGAGCUCGAUUCAAUGUCUCCCAGGCCCUGCCCCCCAGCCACUUCAGGCCAGGAAGUCCAUGCUGUGCCCAGAGGCCCCUCAGAGGGAGGGGGAAGACUUGGCAGGUCAGACUGCCCAGGAGGGCUGGAGAACGCUCAAGAAGGCGGGCAGGUGGGCUGCCAAUUCUUGGAAAGACUCAUUAACGAAAACCCCCAAGGCUGACCACCUUGGGGAAAGGCUCACCUUUCCAUGUGUAGCCGAUAAGGGCCAGGAGAUUCCACAGUUCAGGUAGUUCCCCCGCCUCCCUGGUGUUUUGUGGUCACCAUUAAUCAUUUCCUCUAACUGUGUAUAUAAGAGCUCUUUUGCCAGUGAGCCCAGUGCUCAGAGAGAAAGGCUAAAGUCCUAAGGAGGAUGUGGCUGCAGAACCUGCUUCUCCUGAGCACUGUGGUCUGCAGCACCUCCGCACCCACCCACCCACCCAGCCCUGCCACCCGGCCCUGGCAGCAUGUGGAUGCCAUCAAGGAGGCCCUGAGCAUUCUGAACCACAGUAAAGACACUGCUGCUGUGAUGGAUGAAACAACAGAAGUCAUCUCUGAAAUGUUUGACUCCCAGGAGCCGACAUGCCUGCAGACUCGCCUGGAGCUGUACAAGCAGGGCCUGCGGGGCAGCCUCACUAGUCUCGAGGGCCCCUUGACCAUGAUGGCCAGCCACUACAAGCAGCACUGCCCCCCCACUCAGGAAACUUCUUGUGAAACCCAGAUUAUCACCUUUAAAAGUUUCAAAGAGAACCUGAAGGAUUUUCUUUUUACCAUCCCCUUUGACUGCUGGGAGGCAGUCCAGAAGUGAAGCAGGCCAGACGGGCCAGAAGCCAGCCUGGGAGCUUACCUCACAGAUCGCUGUCCUCCCAUCCACAAAGAGCCAAACAAAACUCAGGAUCUUCACCCUGGAGGGACCACAGGGUGGGCCAGGGCUGUAGGGAGCACAGACUUGCUCUGGGCCAUGUUGACCCUGAUACGGGUGUGGUAGGGGAAACAGGAGAUGUUUUACACUGGCAGGGAUCAGUAAUAUUUAUUUAUAUAUUUAUGUAUUUUAAUAUUUAUUUAUUUAUUUAUUUUAUUUCAUACCCCAUAUUUAUUCAAGAUGUUUUACCAUAAUAAUAAAUUAUUAAAAACCUGUUUUUAUUUGUGCAGUUUUUCAGUUUGUUUUCUACCAUGAGCGAAUGCUCAAGGUGCUCUCCUUCACCCAGGUCAGGGAGGGGAGGAAGCUGGGAGUUGGGGCAGGGAACAGGGGCCUGCAGCAGAUCAGGCACAAUUGGACAGGCAGUGCUGUCAGAGCACAGGGGAGGUGACAGCCCUCCUGGGUGUAACAUUCUGCACAUCUGGACAUGCUUCCGUGGAUGCUCAAAGGCUCCCACCCCAGAGAGAGGUUUCCAGGUUCACUUGGAAGUCCAAGUAACCCAGACAGUGGGAAUCUUGCUCCAGAAAAGGGGGAUCACCCUUCCUGGGCAGGCGGGGGGUUCCUGGGCUUGGCUGGUCACUGGCUGAAUGGGCAAAACACCUGUGCCCUCCAGAGGCCUGGACCCUGUGGCCAUGCCCUGUCCCUCACACUCGGGGCUUCAGCCACUCCCAAGGUGAACCAGCAGAUAGACUAGCUGUUCAGGGAAAAAGAAACCAAACCACAGGGGUCAGAGCUCAGUAUAUUUACCAAACUUUCCCCAAGAUGAGUGAUCUUAAUCUUUGAGAGUCAGAAUGUAAGUUCAUAAUUUGUUGGUACAUGGCUCUAGUGUGGCAUGUUUUGGAGCUAGUUUUUGUUUUUACAUGAAGUUUUGCAUGUAAUUAGGCAUUUUCCCCCCAAAUCCACGGCCUUCCGGCUGAGAAAAUAGUAGCUCUCCUUCCUCUCCUUGCUUUGCCAAUGGGGCUGGAGGACUUGUUCCUGAACCUCUUCUCCUGUGUCCCUCCUGGGGUCUGUGAGGAAGAGGGUGUGUCCCCAAGCGUCAAGUGGGCAGCAGGGCCAGCCUUUACCUUGAUGGGUGGGCCUGGGGAAGCUCGUUUGGUGCAGUUCUAGCUCCUGCCUGGCUCUUUCUCCGUCCUACUUGCUCCCUCUGCUCUGGCUAUCUCACC